UGAUUGAGUAUUCCUUCAGGCCUCCAACACGUAAUUGGACACGGUGUUAGACGUCGCCAGAAAUCAAACCGAGGGAUCGUCUAUCAUUAUUACUUGGAAAAGGUCUUUCUCGCAUUCAUCGCCUUCUUUCAACCUUGAUAGACGCGAGUCUAAACGCUGUAAAGAUAGAAAUUCGAAGCAAACGAUACUCCGUAAUUCACUACGUCGAUACACCUUAUAAAGACAACCUCGGCAGUUGGUCAAAUAAAUUUCUUAAAUAGGAAGCACGCCUCUUGGCGCGUUGGAACGGACCUAUUGGGGGCCUUGAAGCGCCAUAUAACAGUGUCAGCGUUAUUCCGAGGGUGUGAUGGAGUGCUGGCGGAUUUAAUAUGCGACCAAUUCCAAUAGAGACGAGUUAGGCAGUGAUUCGCCCAACGAGAAGCUAAGCCCUUCUAAGUUGUCGCAUUGCUGCAAUGAUCAAGCGCCCUACAUACGAGGCAGUGCAAGUAAAAUGCCCCAGAACAGAAAGACUGACGUACCUGGCAGCUAUCCCACUUUACUGUCAGAGGAGACAGCCCUAUAUAAUAACUAUUGUUGCCUUUCUUGGCGACAUAUACCUUCUGACAUAGAAACUUCUAUGUUACUUUCAGCCUAACCAUGUCUAAAUCCUCCCAAUUUCAACGCUAUCCGCCCGAUAUGGGCGCUUACGAUCAAAGACCGCCGCAAUACUCGGGGCCACCUCAGUAUCAACAGCCAUAUGGCCAAGAGGAACAAUGGAGAAACGGAGGUCAAGGUGGUUAUAGUAACUAUAACCAACAGCCGUAUCAACAGCCAAAUCAACAGCCAUAUCAACAGCCCUAUCAACAACAAUACCAGCGCCCAAAUGCGCCGCCCAUGACGGCGCCGAGGGCGGGGCCCGGGCCCGGGAUGGGAUCGGCGAUGCAGUUGGCGAACGGAGGGGGGUCUCCUAUGCCGCCAGGACCGCUGAUGUAUCCCGUUAUCAUACCGCAACGGCGACCAAAGGCCCGUGAUCGUGGUUUCGUCAAAGCCUAUGCACCUGAUCUGAUGCGAGCUGGCAUCGACCAGGCUACAUUCAUGGCUUUUCUUGAUGGCUUCGGUAAAGCGUUGACGCAAUCUCCAUUGCUAGGCGCCAUCAACUUAGCUGGUGGGGUGGCCGGCAUGAUCCCAACGGCCAUAGCACCUCCCAUCGGAAUAGCAGUGCAACUGACGGCUGGUGUCUACCAGGAGGUCAUGAAUCGUAAGAAUCAAAAUGCCUACCUCACGAAGAUGAAUGACGAGCUCUUCCGACCGCGCGGGCUGUACUGCCUUAUCAUGGCUUACGCCCCGAACUCGGACAAGACUCUGCAGCAGAACAUCAACACCAAAGGCAACGAUGGGAAAUUCCGAAACCACGACGGUGUCAUGGGAUCGGUUGAUUUCCCAAUUUCGGCUGAACUAAUCUAUCCCGAAGAUGAGGAGGAUUCGUCCGACGAAGAUGAUGAUGACGACAGUCAAGGCAGCCAUAGCCAAGGAGGCCAAGGCCAGGGCGGCCAGCAACAGCAACAAGGAGGAAUGAUGGCUUCUCUCGGAAAGGCAUUCGAAGGGUUCAAAGACCGCAGGGACAUGAAGGCGCAGAGGAAAUACAUGAGGAAGAAUCCCAUGGGUGCUCUUAACGGCCUGCUGGACCCAAAGGUCGAACUCACAGCCAAGGACCGCGAAAAGCAAGCGAAGAGGAUGGCGAAGGACGAGCGCAAGCAAGCGAAGCAAGAACGGAAGUUCGAGAAGAAGGCCCGCAAGCAUCCCGAGAGGGAACAGGGACCGCGCAAGCGGAAGAUAAAAGAGUCUAUUUUGUACUUGAUGAUCAUCAACAUGCCAAAGUCCGGGGAUAUGGAGAACGCGGCGAAGAUGAUGGCGGGGCAGAAUGCAGGACCCGUGCAGAGAAGAUACUGAGCUUACAGCUAUCUCGUAGUCGCUGGUGUUAUUUCGUAUGGACAUAGGCAUUUCGGGCAAGGAUGAUUAGAAGGAUUUACUUAGCAAUUCACUAUAUACCAUAGUUUACCAAUGUCGAGCGUUGUUUACAUUGUUAUCUUAAUUCAUACAAUAGCAAUUAGUACUAUUCACU